AUGCUCAAUCCGCAAUGGGCUACGACUGUAUCGCCCAUCGAGCUCUUGGUGACAAGAGCUUGCGACGCCUCACUGCACGAAGCCAACUAUGCACUCCACCUUGAAGUAGCGGAAUACAUCAACCAAAAAAAGGCCAACAAUCCCCGAGAUGCUGCGAUGCUUAUUGCCAGACUCGCAUGUAACCGCAAUCCCCAUGUCGCUCUACUCGCCCUUGCCCUGCUAGAAACUCUAGUCCAGUCAUGCGGCUACCCAUUUCACCUCCAAAUCAGCACCAAGGAAUUCCUUAACGAACUUGUCCGCAGGUUCCCCGACCGGCCACCACCCUUUCCCGGGCCAGUCAUGUCGCGUAUAUUGGAGACAAUUCAGAGUUGGAAGGAGACAAUUUGUGUUGAAUCGCGUUGGCGGGAAGACCUGACUAAUAUCCUCGAUAUGCACCGACUCUUAAUGCACAAAGGCUAUCGUUUUCGACACGUACCACGCGCAGCUCCUUCCGCCUCAUCGAGCGCUAAUACCGUUGCUGCCAACCUAAAGAGUGCGUCAGAACUGGAGGCAGAGGAUAGGGAGGCGCAGAGUGCUAAGCUACAAGAGCUUAUCCGACGAGGAACGCCAAAGGACUUGUUGGUUGCCCAAGAGCUUAUGAAAUCACUUGCGGGUGCCGAUCCCGCCAAACAGCCAGAUUAUCGUGGUCAGGCUCUCUCUGAUCUCGAGCGUUUGGAGAGCAAAGUCAUUCUUUUGGGCGAAAUGCUUGAUAACGCCAAUAUGGCUGGUGGCGAGCGAACAGUUCCGGGUGAUGUCUAUGAGCAAGUUGCCAACAUUCUCACUACUUCUCGUCCAAAGAUCCAAAAAUGGAUAUCUGAUGCAGAACAAAAUGAGGACGAUUCAGAAUCUCUCGACACUUUACUCCAGCUCAAUGAUCACAUGAACACUGUGCUUAGCCGCUACGACGCGUUCAAACGUGGAGACUACGCGGCCGCAGCUAAUCCAGUACCUUCGCAAUAUUCAAGUCAAGCUGCGAAUGCCACGUCAUUGAUAGACUUUGACGAUAUUGCACCUCCCGCAACAUCCUCUAACCCAGCCAAUGAGCUCGAUGGACUGUUUGGACUGGGCACGCUAUCAACGCCAACAUCCUCACCACCUCCGAUAAAUCCUGCGACACGACCCACGAAUGCACAGCUUGGCGGGUCUAUCAUGCUCCCUAGCACGCCAACCCCAGGAGUAGCAGCACAGCAGCCAACAAUGUUCGGUCACUUCCAACAAUCGCAUUCUAAUGGGGUCAUGAAUGGACAUAGUAUGCCGACCCCACAUCAACAAUCUCAACCUACGACUUCUCAGGUGCAAGGAAAGGACCCAUUCGCGGAUCUAGCAGGGCUGUUUUAG